GUUGGUGCCAUCUACGGAUAAUGUAGAUGUUUAUAAUCUGUCCAGUUUAUCGGUUAAAGAGGCAUAGCACUAUGAGUAUCAAAGAGAACAAUUAUAAUACAUCGCGUCGUUUGCAAACUGUGUUUGCAAUAUUUUGGAGAAAGUAUUCCUGAUCGUGUUUUUCGAUAUACAAUGAAGUAGAUUGUAAUUCUUAUAUGUUUGAUUGUACGAUCAAUGUAGGGUCGUUCAAUAUACCAAGGUCGAUAAAUAAUCAUUUCUUUUGAUUUUACCUGCCUCACACUUACGUGUGAAAAGUUUUGUUUGUUUUGUAUAUUUUGGCAAAAACAUAGCCAUAGAUGGCGUAUUUUUUGCAAAAUUCCUAUAUAAAGCAAGUAGAUCAUAGUUCGAUUGUAGCAUUCAAUAUCUUGUGCCACACUUGAAGAGAGAAUGAAGAAAAGUCUUUUGUUAACGUUUACUUUAGCAGCAUGUCUGCUAAUCAGUCAAGUGCAGGCUCAAGCUACUGUGGCUAUACAAGUAGGAGGAAGUACAAUUACUGUCGCUUCGAGCGAUAUUAACACCAUUUUGGCAAUAGUAGCAGCACUGCAAGCAACAACCACCACUGCAGCAGCUACAACCACAGUGGCUGGAGCGACAACAACUACUGUUGCACCCACUACUACUACCACCACUGUUGCACCAACUACUACUACCACUACUGCUGCGCCCACUACUACUACUACUACUGCUGCGCCAACUACUACUACCACUACUGCUGCGCCAACUACUACUACCACCACUGUUGCACCAACGACUACUACAACAACGGCAGCACCAACUACUACUACCACUACUGCUGCACCAACCACGACGACCACUACUGCUGCACCAACCACGACGACCACUACUGCAGCGGCAACAACUGCCCCCACGACUACAACAACUGUAGCUGCAACCACUACAACAGGGGCUCCUAUUACCGUAACUGUAACCGUUAAUGGAGCUAGUGUUGCUGUAUCCUCUACGAAUAAUUCAUUGGUAAGCGUAGUUCUUCAAAUUAUUUCGAGCUUGACAGCAACAACUACAACGACCGCAGCGACAACGACUACUACAACGGCGGCGACUACUACAACUGCUGCUGCAACAGUGGUGGCAGCAGCUGCUACAACGACUACUACUGCUGCAACGACUACUACCACUGCUGCUCCAACAACGACUACGACAACUGCUGCCACUACUACCACUACUACCGUUGCUCCAACCACAACGACGACUACGGCUGCACCGACCACAACCACCACUACUACCGCCGCAACUACGACCACUACCAGGAGAACGUGUGGUACACAUCCUCCAAUUGGAGGUUUGAGGGGAGGUUUCGGUAUUGUAGGCGGUAUUGGCCCGCUUGGCUUUGGAUUGGGUGUUCGAGGAGGAGUUGGCGGGUUUGGAGCACCACAAGUCGGAGGAUUCGGAAUCCUACCAGCGGUUGGUAACGUAGCCCGUACCCUUGUGGGUACUGGACUGAACGUAGUGGGUUCUGCAGCGAACUUAGCUGGAAAUGUAGUUGGUGCAGUUGGUAACGUAGCGGGUGGAUUGCUAGGAGGAUUGAGCAAUGCCGCAGCUGGAAUCGGCAGUGGUUUAAAUGCAGGAUUGAACGCAGGAUUGAGCGCAGGAGUAAACACAGGAUUGAGCGCAGGAGUAAACACAGGAUUAAGCGCAGGAGUGAACGCUAGAGUAGGAGCUGGCUUCGGUGGACAUGUUCAUGGACAUGGCCGUUUCGGUGGAGGGUUCCGUGCGGGUUUCUUGGGUGUUAUCACCAUAGCAUCGUCGGAUCUUACGACGAUUUUGGCCAUUAUAGCAUCGCUGCAAGGUACAACAACUACUAGUAUUAUUCCCACAACAACUACGACAGCAGCAACGACAACAGCAUCUACUACGGUUGCUACAACUGCUGCUACAACAACGGCAGCCACAACUGCAGCUACAACUGCAGCAACUACAGCAGCCACAACCGCCGCUACGACAGCAGCUACAACUGCUGCUACAACAACGGCAGCCACAACUGCAGCUACAACUGCAGCAACUACAGCAGCCACAACCGCCGCUACGACAGCAGCUACAACUGCUGCUACAACAACGGCAGCCACAACUGCAGCUACAACUGCAGCAACUACGGCAGCCACAACCGCCGCUACGACAGCUGCUACAACUGCAGCUACAACCGCUGCUACGACUGCAGCUACAACCGCAGCCACAACCGCUGCUACUACUGCAGCUACAACUGCUGCUACAACAACAGCAGCUACAACUGCUGCUACAACCGCUGCUACGACUGCAGCCACAACCGCCGCUACUACUGCAGCAACUACAGCAGCCACAACUGCAGCAACUACGGCAGCCACAACUGCUGCUACAACCGCCGCUACGACAGCAGCUACAACUGCUGCUACAACAACAGCAGCUACAACCGCAGCUACAACUGCAGCAACUACGGCAGCCACAACUGCUGCUACAACCGCCGCUACGACAGCAGCAACUACAGCAGCUACUACCGCAGCAACAACAGCUGCUACAACUGCAGCUGCAACUGCUGCUACAACAACCGCUGCUACGACUGCAGCAACUACAGCAGCUACUACCGCAGCAACAACAGCUGCUACAACUGCAGCAACUACUGCUGCCACAACUGCUGCUACUACUACCACUACUGCCGCAACAACAACGACAACUGCUGCUACUACUACUACUACUACUACUGCUGCAACAACAACGACGGCUACACCAAGUGUCACUAUCACACUUAGUAUAAAUGGAAAUGCAAUUACAAUUGUGGGUUCUAGUACAGGCUUGGUGAAUUUGUUAACGCAAAUUUUGGCUAGUUUGACAAGUACGACUACCACGGCUGUUCCGACUACCACGACUACUACUGCUGCACCAACUACCACGACUACUACUGCUGCACCGACCACUACGACAACUACAGCUGCACCAACUACCACGACCACCACAGCUGCACCGACUACCACGACUACUACUGCUGCACCAACGACUACUACCACUACUAGUGCUGCACCGACCACUACGACAACUACUACUGCAGCACCAACUACCACGAUUGCCACUAAAACGACAACAAAAGCGUGCGGUGUUGGUAUUGGAAUUGGAGGUGGAAUUAAUAUUGGUGGGCUUGGAGGAAUCGGUGGAAGCAUUGCCGUUGGAAGAGGGCUUGGUGGCAUUGGCGCCGGCAUAAAUGUAGGAGCAGGUUUGGGAGGUAUCGGCGCCGGAAUAGGUGUUAAUCUCGGAACCCCAAUUUUAGGGCUUGGUACAGGACUUAACGUUGGCGCGGGACUCAAUGUAGGCACAGGCCUCAAUGUUGGUACUGGCAUUCGACCGAUCGGAUCAUUGCUUGGUACAGGACUCAAUGUUGGCGCGGGACUCAAUGUAGGCUCAGGCCUCAAUGUUGGUACUGGCAUUCGACCGAUCGGAUCAUUGCUUGGUACAGGACUCAAUGUUGGCGCGGGACUCAAUGUAGGUUCAGGCCUCAAUGUUGGUACUGGCAUUCGACCGAUCGGAUCGUUGCUUGGCACAGGUUUAAACUUGGCUGGCGGUGCGAUUAAUACGGCUGGUAAUGUGGCCGGUGCUGCGCUUAAUACGGCUGGUAAUUUGGCCGGUACUGCAAUUAAUACGGCUGGUAGGUUAGCAGGUACUGCUAUCAAUACGGCUGGUAACUUGGCCGGUACUGCUAUCAAUACGGCAGGUACUGCUGUUCGAGGAGUAGUUGGAGCCGCUACCAACGUGCUUGGUGCGGCCACAAAUGUGGUCGGUAAUGUAGCUGGUGGAAUUUUGGGAGGGUUAAACAACGGUCUCCAGGCUACCUCUAAUCUAGGAGGCAGACUAAAUGUCGGUGGCAGUCUUUCCGCGGGCGGUGGCUUCGGAAGCAGCCUUACUGGCGGACUUACCGGACGUCUAGGGUUCGGAUUGUCUGGAUAAGAAAUUUCUCUUGUACAACAAUCGAAUAUCUCUUGACUGAACUUUUGACUUUUUCUAUCACCUUAACAUGCAAUAAAAGCAAUUCUGUUUGACCGAACGAUGCGACUAAAUCAUAAUGUCUUUUCUUUACUAAAAGUAUAAAAUAGCUGAGCGAUACAGUUAAGGCAAAGAAAUGUGAAAACGGUAUUUUGAUAUGUAAAUAUCGAUCUUGCACAACCAGUUUGGUUCGACUUCGUCCAAUAUGGCAUUUGUUUAAUGAGAUCCCAUCUCCGAUUGCUUUAUCAUAGCUUUCAAUCUUCAACUGCUAUCCAACCACAGCGCUGGUGGUUGUGAUGUAAUACAUCACCAGGUGUCCUUUACUCAGUAAGAAACCGUGGCAUCUUGAUGUCAUUUCAUGUUUUACAUCUGCUUGAAAUCCACCAACCAUUACGACGGUCUGAGAGUUCAAGUUUUGUAAAUCAAUCCAACCGUAAUUGGAGAGAGGUUUGGUUGAAUUGUCAUAGUGUUGCGGCUAAUUGCGAUCGUUGUAAAAUAUUUAAUGAAGCUCCGUUGCAAUACUUCACACAAAUCAACGAAAAGACCUUUAUUUACUCGCCCCACAUUCAAACAAAUGAAUAUAAGAGAUUUUACAAAAGCAGACCUUUGUGCUAAGCCAGACGAUCAGAAACGUAUGGCUUAUGUGUGAGUAAAAUUGAUUUUAUAGGUCUUAAAAUUGAAAAAAUACAAUCUAAAGGAAAACAUAAUGUUUAUAUUUAUAUGUCUAAAUACGUAGUAAUUUUGUACUUUCUGCGAAAAGCAGUGCUAAACAUACACUUGUAUCUUCACUCUGGAACCGUCUCACAAGUUACAGUGGCUUCUCCUUUGGCUCUCCGUAAUCCUAUCAUAUUUUCGGUUGAUCCCUGUCAAAACGGAACUGUUUAGCUUGGUUCUGGAACGAAAGGGGCUCGAAAGGGCGCUUCUGGAAGCGACUUUACAAGCUUUCUUUCCGCUUGGAAUCCAUUGCUGCAGCAUUAAUACCUGUCCGUACGGUUACCGGUAACGCACAACGUCGGUCCCAAAAGUGUUGGUGGGCAUCCAAAUGGUCGCUUGAAUUUUACCGACAAAACCCUUUUUUUAAUCUUUCCAAUUUAUCACCCCUUUUGUUUUCCAGCAAACGGGCAAACGUUUUAUUGAAUUAGAUGAGAAUGAACAAAGAUUCGGUAAAAAAUCGCCCGAACGUCGUUGGGCUCGUAGUCUCUUAAAAGGGUAGUACAGAGUGCAAAAUAUGGGUUGGUGGAGUUGGUCGGAAUUGUGGGAGUGUGUUUUAUAUUUUCGGUGCUUUUAAUUUCAGAAUUGAAGUUUUGUUUCGGGCCCGCUAGAAUUCGUGCUGGAGGAACACGUUGAUCAAUGGUGACAGUGAAUUUUUUUUUGUUGUCUGCUUGAUAACACUUUUGCUGAAUGAUAAUACCGUCAACAUACUGCAAAAAUGUGCCAUGAUUUUUGGCAUUAUGUAUAGAAAGCUCAGCUAAGCUGAAAAACAAACGCUUUUAUGUGGUAGUAGUAAUGUACGCAAGAUAAAGAAACAUUGUUCAAGGGGAAAAACAUGCUUAUUGUGCGGUUCUGUUCUGUUGAUGCUUGUGCCCAUCUCAAAUCCACCGCCAUUAUGAACGCUUUACACACUAUUAGUGAGCUGGUUGGAGAAAGUCUUACAAAUAGUGAAACAUUGAAGAAAGUCCUUGGCCACUACCUUCAGAGAGCCCUUCUCUUAUCGACGUCUUCUCUGCAGGUGCAUCGGGAGUGAUAGAGCGAGAAAUAAACGGUUCACCAAUUGCCGUGAAGCAGCACGGAUACGACGUAACACGUUUUCCGUUGCAUUUCCUUUGUUUCGGAAGUCCGCCUUAUUCCGGUGCAUAUAAUUCGUCUACACCCGUCCGGUGUGUAAUUAGCAGAAACAAGACAAAGUUUUGCCGAGACGAGUCGAAAACUUGCGCACGCCAAAAUAUAACCUCGCCGCCACGGCACAAAGUAAAGCGAUGAUGCCAAGCGCAUCCUUCCCUCUUAUUUGUCUUUUGAGACCGUCUCGCUGGUCGGGAGACAACCGAGGCGCGAAUAAUGAAGAAUAAUUAGACUUUCAGCUAGCAAACGAGUUUCGCGGAACGCUAUUUUAAACUAAUCAUAAUUGAAUCAAUUUCAUCGUGGCACCGCGGUACGUUCCGGGUGCAGGGUUCGCACUGCAGCUAGAGCUAGGGCUGUUUGUGGUGCAGCCCUGUCAGUGCUGAUGCUGUCGGCUUAAUGUCUAGUGGAAUUGUCUUUCUUCGCAUGCGGUAAAAAAACCGCGACCAAUUUUGGGUUGGUAUCGAUGGAUGCCGAAAUGUUGUCGGUGACUCAAUCCUGGAUGAUACAUAGAAUUCGGCGAAACAGAACGCCAUCAUCAUGCUGUUGGGACAACUUUGCGUGUGAUACACAUCUGGUUAACAUACGUAUUGGACAAGUUGCGAUGAGGCGCACGACAUCGUGCUUAGAUCAUUACUACGGCGACACUGCAUCGGGGGUCAAGUGCAAUUAGUCAACGGAGCCAAUGACGAACGUUGUCCGUAUGCUUUUGUGGUUUUAGUGGAAGAUAUGAGCAAAACCCACGACAAAUUGCGUUUCGUGUGGGUUUGAGUGAUAUGUUAACAUAGUUAUGAGAUAACAAUAUCCGUCAGCGAACAGUUACAAUAUUGGAACGCAUUUAAAUGUUCGAUCAAUGUUAUACCCUUCAGAAUUCCGAAACAUUCCUUUCGUUCGUCCAGUCGACCGUUCUUUACAACAUGUCCAGAACCAGCGAAUCGAUGAAUGUACCAAGCUCGUGUCGCUUUUUUGCGUACACAUGUAUGAAUGUUUGUUUUUAAUUUCGUCACUUUUGGACAGCCCGCGGAAGGAAGUAAGGAAACAAUUCUUCGAUUCUACACCUUCUAAUCGUAAGAACCGUCUGGCAAGUGUACUUUUCAACCGAUAUCUCCGGAAGGGUGCUGGUUUUGCUAGAAUGGAAUUCAAUCUCACGUCACUUUCCCAUCGGAUCCGAAUCCCUUUUUGCCUAGGCCAUAGUGUGAUGGUUCGAUUUACAUUCCAUUAAUCAAAGCGUAAGGAACGUACCGGAAGCGGUAACGAUGUGUUCGACCGUCCGUCUGUCCGUCUUCUGAGCAGUACCUUGACAGGAUAUUCACUGGAGUGACUGGAGUGUUGUCGCGCGUACGGUUGAAAUUAUCAUCGGUCGAACGGUGUGCCCACGGGUGGGCGGACUAGGAAAGCAUGGGAUUAUGCUGAAAAGAUUCAAAAUCGAUUUAUUUUGUUGCUUGUUAAACAGAUUGUUUCAGUAUCCAGUUGCUUCACGGUACCAUGUUGCAAGCGAAAUUCGCGUGCUGGCAGCACGAAACUCGAUAAGAAGGCUUCCGUUGGGUGUUUAGUGUUUGUUACUUGACACUUUCGGUAUGGCAAGAUGAAAGAAAAGUGUUCGAUUUUCUCGUCUUUUGUCGUCCCGCCUAUCUAACCCACCCCGCCUUACUUACUGGGGUGCUGUACGAAUUUGCACCGCACUGUGUUAUUCCGUUCUGUGGAGAUUCUUUGCUGUUAUUUUUCCAACGCUUUACAUCAAACGAAUGCAACAACGUUUCCGCUGGUUCAGCUCGCCAGCUCGUUCAGGAUCAGCUUUUGGUGAUGUAAACCAUUUGCAUAGGGCAUUAGUAUGUUGGGAAGUGGGAAAUGGGAUCAGGAACUGCUAAGCUGAUAAUAUGGGCGGUGGAACGAAUGUGUUAUGCAACGGUUAUGCUAACGAACUUUAAGCUGUUUACAUUAACGCGCAAUCAGGUAGAGAAUUCACAGCCAGCAAAAAAUAUAGCCAUCGUUACAGAAACAGGGCAUUAAUCUUGUUAAUUUCGUGUAACGGAGUUCUCGCUUAAAUAAUGCAUUAGCAUUAGGUUUUACGAAUAGAGGAAUUAAAAAUUUUACUUUUACUUUAAU